UUCACUCAUACAUACAUACAUUGAUUAUAUAUUUUUAAACACUGGUAAAGUCAAUAAUAACGAUGUGAGGCUUCGAGAGGAUUGAAGGGGGAACGGAAACGUUCAAAAUGUUCAACACCCUUCUAUCUGCACUACAAAUUCCACAGGAAAUCAUAUUUUUGAGCGUCAUACGCACGUUCAAUAGAAAAAUUAGAUACAACUCUAUUGAUGUUCCCACUGAGAUCACAGGCUAACACAUCUUGUGGUUCAGCUGUGUAACAUUAGCGAAGUACCACCUAAGAACUGAAUUAUGAAUCUCCACUCCACACUGACGAAGGUUGCCUUAAAAUACGUCGCUCUCUCUGCCAAACCACCAACCACGCCCAUAACAUUCGCUAUUUUUUGUUGCUCAGAACAUCUGAAACGGGGUGUUAACACUACCCACCGUCGUGAGCCCCCAGAACAACAAUUCGAAGAGGAAGAAACUCGAAACUUUUAGAAUAGAUGAUUACUCACCGUCCCAGUCGCUCACGCGCGCGCACGAGCACACUCACGGCGAGAAUUAAGGUACCGCACCACUCGACACAAUUUUACUAGAGACCAUGCCAUGCAACGGAUUCGCUGUCUUGUCGAACAUCGUCUUAGGAUCGGAGAACAGGAUGGUGGUGCAGUGUAUGGAUAUUAGACUCCUGGACAGAAACAUGAAGAGCUGCGACUGAAGAAAAGUACCAGCCUUUAGCAACACAGGAAGUCGAGAGACAGAGAGAGCUCAACCACCACCAACCCCCACCUCCCACCCCACCAUCCUACUCUCCGUUUCUGUUUCAUUUCCUCGACAAUCCGUAGCAUACUGAAUGCUUCCCACUUUGAGACGGGAAGCAGGGCCAUGCCACUGUGCUGAAGAGGGCACACAGGGACAAACCAAGCUGCUGACGAAGGCCUUGGGAGAAAGGGCCGGGAGUCUGACAAUCUCAGGCUCGUGCCGUCCUCUCUGAACACCUGUGUGCCAGUGAGAAAAAACCUUUUUACUGAUAAUGAGAGGGGCAAUCUGAUGAGCUGAUAUAUGCUGUCACAAGAUUGUUGUCUGUAACUGUACACUGACCUGUACACACACACACACACACACACACACACACAAACUUUCCUCAGGCUCUUUCCCAAUUCCCAACAACAGAGGCCAUCAUGAUCCUGAAGAAGAAAGCGUACCUUGUUGCGUUGCUCUGUGGCAUCCUGUUCUUUAUGAUCCUCACACACACCAUCCAGAAGGGCGCUAUCCUGCCUGGCUACAUGGUGGCCUUCACGGGCACCACAGAGCGCAUGGCAGCAGCAACCAGCCGCACGCCCACGCCACCACCAACCACCACCAAAACAACCAUCACCACUACGCCUGGUCGAGCGCACACCUGCAGCUGCCCCACCUGCGUGGCAGACUCUGGGGUGUCCAAGUGGUUCGACCAGCACUUCGACCCCAAGCAGCAGCCUUACCUCAUCAAGGGAGAGAACCUGAUGGACUCUGACUCCCUGAAAUGGUGGAUGGGUCUACAGCGGGCAUCGUAUGACGUGACGCUGGAGCAGGUGAUCCAUAAGAUGUUCGAGGUGUUCUCAUCUCCGCCGGCGGACUGGGCACCGCAGCGGGACCGCUGCCGCAGCUGUGCCGUGGUGGGCAACUCGGGGAACCUGCUUGGCUCCCACUAUGGAACCACCAUCAAUGCCAACACUGUGGUGAUACGAAUGAACAAAGCCAUCACACAUGGGUAUGAGGAGGACGUGGGGAACAAGACCACGCACCACAUCAUGUACCCGGAGAGUGCUGUGGACUUGUCUCCCGGUGUGCACCUUGUGCUUCUGCCGUUCAAGCAGCUUGACCUGCAGUGGUUGACCAGUGCCAUGUCCACCGGGGAGAUCACCAAGACGUACAUGAGGGUGAAGAACUUCAUCAAAGCUGACAAAGACAAGGUGAUUGUAGUCAACCCAGCGUUUUUCAAAUAUACCCACGAGCAGUGGAAUGAGAAGCAUGGGAGGUACCCAUCCACUGGCAUGCUAGCCAUCAUAUUCGCCUUGCAUCUGUGUGACGAGGUGUCUGUGUUCGGCUAUGGCGCUAACGAGAAGGGCCACUGGCACCACUACUGGGAGAACAACAAAAAUGGCGGCGCCUUCCGCAAGACAGGGGUGCACAACGCCGACUUCGAGACGGAGGUUAUCAACAAGCUCCACGAGGAUGGGAAGAUUCGACUCCACAAGAGAUGAGAGCAGGAGUUGGAGGGAGGCAGUUUGUGUGUGUGUCUGGGGAAGGGGGGGGGGGGGGGGGGGGGGGGGUGCUGGGUAUGUAAAAAAUGUGUCGGAGGACUGGAAGAGCAAUCGGGGGGGAGAUAAGCCAAGCAAAGCAAGACUAGGUGGCCACUUUGAGAGUGCAGCCAAGAGGCCAAAGAGGAAGGAACUCCAGCCCCUGUCCUCUUCACCCUCCUCUCUCCAAAGCCAUGAACUGAUUCCUGCUCUCCUAACUCAUCAAACCACUGUGGACAGCUGCAGCCAAACCAAGAAGGCAUUUUAAAACAAAAGACUAAAUGAAAUCUAACCCGACAAAGGUUCUUUGAGACCAAAAUUGACUCACAAGGCUUGUUUUGCACUCUGCAUGUGUGGUGAUACCAGACAGCGGAUCAUCUAGGACGGAGUUGAAGGAGACUAUUUGAGAUGCCAUCGUUUGGUUUCCAGAGAUUCCUCCGGUUGUAACCGGAACAGCCUUAUCUGAGCCAAUUUAUUUUGUUUUCCCUUUCCUGUGACUGUUGCGGUUGGGGCUGACCUGCCAUGGCCCCCAAACCAAUCCCAAAGGUGUGCCACCGAAGAAGCGACAAGAUUAUUUUUCUCUCUAACUCUCUCUAUGUGUGUGUGUGCACGCGACUACGCGCGUGUGCCAGAGCAUGGGGUGUAGUGGAAUAGACCACUGUGAUUGUACCAGUGUCAACUUUACAAUGAAGUAGGCCCAUGUAUGGCUGAGGCCUUGUUAAUAAGUCAAGCACUUUCCUCUCUGUACUUGUUGUGAGUUGGGUUAUAAUGUAGAUCCUGAAUGUGUCUCCUUUUGUUUUCCUCUGUUGGAAAAGCCCUUUGUAAAAACUAUUUUUAUAUGUUUAGGUUAUUGAAUUCUAGAUAGCACAGGGCCUGGAACUUGUGCUGUCCAUAAACUGUAUGCGUGUGAUGGGGAAUCUGUGGUAGGUUUGCCUUACUUUCAUCAGACAUGCCUGGCAUGCCUGCCGUGCCAUGGCCGUCAAUACUGUUGUCUAUUCGUGCCUUAAAGCCAAUGGAAAGGAGUGGAAAGGAGUUAAAAGGGCAUUUAUUUAAUUUUCUCAGCCCUUAAGUGAUUCAUGUAGACCAAAAAGCAAUGCAAGACAGCUGGUAAUGAGACCACUAUGGCCAAACCCAAUGCUGGCAGGCAUCAGUUAUUGCUCGUCAUCACCUUGUCCAGAUUGGGAAGUCAAUCAGGACAUUAGGGCCCUCAUUUGAGUUACGGGCAAAGUGCAAAGUCUUAAGUCUAACUAAAGCUAAUUUAAUAACUAAGCAAAAUCAGUUUGCUAAUUUAAAACCAUAGGUCAGAACUUAUGCUUACACUUUGAUGAGGCAGCUCAAUGCUCCCAAUUUGCUUGAUGACAAACAUUGCACUUUGCCCACAAUUUACAUCAGGGCCCCUAGACUCCAAAUACCAGUGGGGAUUAAUCAGAAUUUAGGCGAGGAUCACAUCAUACAGCGGCAGCGGCAAACGUAACGCAACGCUCAGACCAUAAUAAGUUUUGUCUCGUUCCUAAGCAACACAAAUGGUUUGUCAAUUGAAUACGCUUGCGUUGCGCUUUGAAAGUUAAACCAAGUUCAGUGCUCAGCUUGUUCAACGCUAGCGUUACGCCAGCGUUGCCACUAUUCCGCUGCCGAACCAUAGAGAACAAUAGGACACCUGCCGCCUGCCGCUGGCUAAUGUGCCUUAUUGUUUCAAGUGUCUUGAUUAAAUCCCCUUGAUAAACAAAUUAAACUGCAUGAGGACUGUGAACGCCAUGAAACUUGAUACAGUUGAGAUUGUCUUUUUCAUAAAAGUGUAGUCAAAUGUUUUUAUAUGAAUGUAAAUUGUCAUGUAUUGCUUUAUAUCACUCACCUCUCAACAUCAUUUCACAAUGACCAAUGUAGUCAAGGUCAAAAAAAGAGUUUGUUGUUCAUGUCACUUUUAAUAAGUGUGAUAAUAUAAUCCAUAUUAAAAUAUUCUGACAGAUAAAAAAAGUGCCUAUUCAAAACAGAAAACAAAAGCUAAAACACAAUUUUGUGAAAUGUACACUUACAACAGGUACCAGGUACAGCAUGUCAAGUCAUUAAAAUAAAGAGACCAUGUAAACUGUCUAAUCAUAAAAUACUGGCUAAAAUGCUAUAACAUCUGGCUCAAGUAUUUCAUUCACUUGUUUAAUAAAAUAAAACUGCGUCCAUAUUCUCCAUCCAAUAAUUUAGAAAAUACCAAAUAAUGCUUAUGUUCAUUCUUCAUUUACAAUAUAGAUUACAGCAAUUAAUCACAGACCAGGACAUCUUCUACCCACUCCUGGAGUCCUAUUGUGCAAAGAAGUAGAAAAAUAACAUCAGGUGUCCAACAGGCUUCAUGCCUGCAGACAAGCGAACACUCUCACAUGUGAGAGGGUGUUGUGUGUUAGGGGCACAAUUCAAGUAUCGUUUAGGAAACCGGUCACCAAAAACCAUGGGCUAACAAAUGACAGGAACUGUGAACACAGGGGGGGGGGGGGCUGAGGACCCCCCUCCGCCCCCGCCCAUAAGGAUUGUUUACUUACCCAUUAAACAGAAGUGUAAAUUCAAAAUCUUUUUGUUCCUGCGUUACAAGCACACCCUCCCAUACUAACUGAUAUGGGAGUUUGUGUGCCUAUGUAUCUGAGUUUAUUGAUACUGACACUGUUUUUGUGUUUUCACCGGCGCUGUCCAUGAUCACACUGUGGUUCCUGUGAAAUAAAGAAACCUAUCCCUA